UCUACCAUCCUCCUGCAACGUGUUGCUAGAGAUCAGAGCUUUGUUCUGAGACUUUGGAGACUUUGCAAUAGAAAAAGGGAAAGUCACUAAACAACGUGACUUUAGAUGCAUCUCAUGCAUACACUGGACGAGUUAAGAUAAGAGUAACUUCAAGAAGGUUUACAUGCAGGAAUAAUACUGUGUUUGCAUGGAUGAGGAGCGCAGGAAUGAAGAUGAUGUGGCGCUGAUGCUGUGCGCGAACAGUCGAAACACAUUAGACUUCUAUCGGUAGUGUUUACAAUGGCUUUAAAAGUGUGGUUGAAGUUCAGACUAAAAUGUCGGUUUGUGGUGGCCUUCCUGUUUCUCUUCAGUCUAUCAGUGGUGAUGAUAUACACCCUUCCUCCCUUCCCAUCUGAGCAGAGCAGGCUGAAUGUACGGGGCCCCCGUAAUAACAAACCCAACAGACUGGCUGAGAAGUUUCUGAGACAUUAUUCGCCAACGUCUUCAUACGAACACAGCAAAACCUGGAAGGACCCUGAAAUGAAAGAUUCUGCUAAACAUCUCCUGAUGUUCAACCAUCACCAACUAUCAUUUUCCUCUGGAAAAACAGUAGAGAAAAAAUUAUCAACUAAUAAGCCUGCAAAAAGCAAAGCAAACAAAAAAGAGCAGUAUCUGCAAAACAUAAACAAGCGUCCAGUCACGGCAUUUGCAGAUGGUGCCAAAAGAGGGCGAGUCGUUAAACUAGGAAAUAGCAGCAACUCUAACCCAAUCAUCCAUCUUCGUCGCUCCAGACAUGACCCAGCAUUCCCUCAGUCUGCCAGCAUCCAAAGCCUCCACCCAAACAACAAGACGUGCAGGCACAAAUGCACUCCAGAUGGGGCUAAAGCAAAGAGACUUGUGGGGCAGUUCUCUGAUGCACAGCAGGUGGUAAAAUUGAAACAGACCCCUGGAGAUCCAGGAACACAUGAAAGACAAGCAGGGCCCUCUGAGAGGAAGAGGCCCAAAUUUAGAGCAGAAACCAGGAUUCCAGGAGAGGCAGGCAUCCAGGAGUCAGCCAAUGACUGGUGUAAGAUGGUCUCCGAUGAAACUUUCAUUGAAAACUGGAACCAAACCAAAGCAGAGUCUUUACCCUGGCUCAGUGAGGACGAUAUAAAAAAGAUGGCACUUCUCUCCAGGGGCACUGUGUUGAGUAAAGCCAGGCUUCCGGGCCAUGGACAAGUGCUUCAGGUUGGAUUUAGUGAGAAAAAAGACAUAUUUGUUCCUGGAGGGGACAAUCAUAUCACACGGUGUGAAACAGGAAACUGUGCUCUCAUAAAACGUCCCAAUGACUGGUUUGAGGUGUUCUCCUUUCACCUGGACAGAGUUCUGGGUCUGAACCGGAGCUUGCCCGCAGUGUUGAGAACAUUCAACAGUGAGAUUCUACCAUACAAGUACACCAACGGAUCUCCCAGACCAGUGAUAUGGUGGGAUCCAAGCAUCAAACAUCUGUCUGAUGCUGAAAAUGACCAGAACUCUUUCUCACUCACUUGGCCACAAUAUCAGACUCUACUUCAGAGGAGGUGUGGUACUCGGGUGCCACUGAACUCUACAAUCUGCGUGGGAGUUCAUCAUUCAGAGUGGGGGCGACUGACCUUGUUUGACUUUCUGCUGCAGGUGAAUGACAGACUGGACCGGUCUUGCUGUGGUUUCAGACCAGACCCAUCAGAACUCUGUGUAGAAAACUUGCUGCAUGUCAAAUGUGGAAACCCAAAGGACUUAAAUCUGGUGCACAUCCUGGUUCGAAAAACAGAUCCAUCCAGACUGGUUUUUAUUGACAAUGCAGGAAGACCUCAUCAGCCACAAGACAACCUCAACUUCAGACUAGUUGAAGGAAUUGAUGAGUUUCCAGAGCGGGCCGUUUCAGUGCUGCAAUCAGGAUGCCUGGAGAAGAUGCUCCUUCGCUCCCUGUCUGUGGAUCGGGAAUUCUGGGUGAGCAGAGGAGAGGCGUCCGGACUCAAAUCUGUCAUUCAGCACAUAAAACAAAGAGCCAAGGCCCUCCUCCAGCAUAUACAAGAGAAGAAACUGCGACUUAACAGAGAUCUUUAACUCUCCCAUGAAGACAUUCUCUUAUAUUGUAAAACCAAUUACUGAAUUCUAAAAAGACACAAAAGGUUUAUGAAAAUCCUUUGCUUUGAUUUGUAUCAUCCAAAUUAAUUUCUGUGUUUUUUAUGUGUUGUUUAGAAAGUCAUGCAAACUAUGCAAGACAGCUAAAAUGUGAGGAGGCAGUGCAUUUGCAUGGAUUUUUGAGUUGAUUUCCCUAAUCAGGGUUGACAAUCCUUGAACUGUGAUUAAGUAAUGCUUACAGUGUCUGAGAGAAGACAUUCCAGAUGGUCAUUUGCAAAGCAGGACUCAUGCAGGGGCCCAUCACUGUGAAGAGACUUACGCUAUGUCCUAAGCAGACGCGACACAAUAAGAUUUCAACAACAAGCCAUUUGUCUUUCUAUGCUGAAUGUUAAUGUGCUGUCGACGGCACACAGUUACAGCCAAUUAGAAGAUAUUUAAUAUUUAAUGUACAGUUAUGAGGAGUGGAAUUUCGGUGUAAUGAUAUUUCAUAGUAAGUGAACGUUACACAGUUAGACAACAAAGCAUCAACAAAAUCUGUUGCUUAGCUGUUUUGUGGUCACAGCUGCAUUGGACAAAACCAGAAUUUACAAGCUUUGUAGUCAAGCGUUUCUGUGGUGCAUUCAGGAACAGUAACUGCAGCUGUAAAUCAGAUAUGAAGCUAAGCUAAUGAAGCUUCAAAACUAUUUUUCUUGUACAGUGUCCUUGAAACGCCAAAAACAAGAGAAUUGUGGUGUACAAGCUAAAUCUUUAAUGAAGGCUGCUAUACUAGAAUAGAUGCUGAGGACUAUGAAACUGGUGUGGAGUGAAACUGAGCCCUCUCCAUGUAAUUCCUGCUGGGCUCUUACAGGGCACUCAGUGCCCAAAGGCUCAGUUAUGCACAAAUUGCUGAGUCAGAAUUUGUGGUGUCAUAUGUUGAGUUGUCAUACAUGAUUCUAGGCUUUCCACUGCAGCUUACAGGCCACUGCAGUUAGAUAUGGGUGUCUUUUAAACAACAAUUUAGAACAAUGGUUCUACUUUUUUUUUUUUUUUUGACUCCAAGGCCCCCAUUCCAAGGCCAAUAUUCUAAGGCCCUAUGAUUGUUUGUGAUUUCUGAAUAAAAAUAAAGAUUUAAAAAAAAUGUUUUAAUAUCUGAUUUCUACCAAAUCUUAUACCUGACUUACAAUUUAAUGUCUACCUGAUUUUUUUCUUCUUUUAAUUUCAGAGCCUGGCAUAACUAGAAUAUGUUAAUUUAAAAUGGCCAUGCGCCAAAAAGAACUUCAGUUACUCCGUCAUUUUUGAUCGUACAGAUAAGAGCAAUACAUCAAUCGAAUCUGUAAGGAAUCUACUUUUAUUUGUGUACACUCAUAAUAACAACAACACUCUAUGGCUUUGUGAAAUAAAGAAAACAAACAGGGUGUGCAGUCUGCUGCGUUGUUCUCUGUGAUCGGCAUUAAGAAAUGCGUCACUAAAAUGAACUAAAACUCA